AUGAUGCGCCGUGUGUUCUGUGUCGUGUUGGCGCUUACACUGCUGUGCUGCUGCUUGUGCGUGUUUGCCGCGGAGGAGGAAGUGGAGGAGGAGGUGCUGCCGGUGGAUGCGGUGUGUGCGGGUGACGGUGAAAACGUUGGGCGCUGGCAACUCCGUGGGAGGCCACUGUGGUACAACUGCACGGCUGAAGCUAGCGGUUUGGGAAAGAUGAUUUGCGGCAUGGGCGCUGGAAACUGUGCCCCGGAGGAUGUUAAAAAACGUGUUGAAGGGAAUGCGAAGGAUGGCGUCUUCGAGAUCAAAUUCCAUACGCCCACUCCAGGCCGGGUGAAGAGUUGGUGGGAGAGUAACGUGGAGCCGAAGCCGGCCACCGCUGCAAGUGGUCCGGCCAAACCUGCGGAAGAAAGACCUCCGGUGGAUCGAGAGGAGGAGGCUCCUCGUGACACCACCACAAUAAGUUCAGGAUCUUCUCCCGCUGGCGUUGGGGGUUCCGCUGGUGCCCUUUCUUUGCCACCUACAACUCCGCGUGACGCUGGUGCUAACGCUGCUGCUGGCGCUGCGGGCAAGACGGAUCCUUCUCCUCCUGCGACUUUGCAAGCGCAGAAUCCCGCUCCCUCUGGUGAACUUCAAGGCGCUGCACAUUCUGCUUCUGCUGCGUCAGAAUCCCCACCAGAUCCGGAGCCCACAGAGAGCGGGGAACACUCCUCCCAUGACCCUCCAGCGGGACGACAGGAAGAGACUGUUGAUGCGCCACCGACUCGGUUGUCCCAGACCGGCGAGGACGGUGGCGCAGCGGAAGGCGCCGAAGAGGACACCGCCAACACCACCGACGCCGCCACCAGCGAAGGCAAUGCUACGGCGGCAGGCAUGCCUGGUCCCCUUUCCUCUGCGCCCACAACGAGGGCGUUGGAGAACAGUGCGGGAAAUGACGCCUGCUUCCACGACCCCCGUCUGCAUACCCGGCUGCUGCUUGUUUUGGCUGCGCUCACGUACGGGACACUGGGCUGA